AUGCUAACCUACCAGUUACGAAAAUACAAUAAUAACACCUUGAGCAGCCGGCACUGGCACAGGCUCUUUAUUGAUAAGGAAGAACCAGACUCCAGAGAUCAAGAAGAAGUGGCUAUGUCUACCUCCCGUGCGAUACGCAAGAUCUUCCUAGCCGUGGAACAGGCCGAAGGUGCUGGUGCAAGAGUGCGUCGCUCUAUUGGCACUCCCCAGCUCCGCAAUUUCUCGCCAUUCCUUAUGCUCGACCACUUCUCCAUUAAACCUGGCGCUGGAUUUCCAGAUCAUCCGCACCGGGGACAAGAAACCAUAACCUACCUUCUUCAAGGUGGAGUUGAUCAUGAGGAUUUUGCCGGAAAUUCCGGUACUAUCGGCCCAGGUGACUUGCAGUUUAUGACCGCGGGUCGAGGUAUCAUGCAUGCCGAAAUGCCCCGGCAGAACGUGGAUGGCUCCGCCAACGUAGGUCUACAGCUCUGGGUUGACCUUCCUUCAGAGCUCAAGCUGUGCGAGCCGCGGUACCGUGAUCUCCGCGCCUCCGAGAUUCCCGAAGUAACCGUUGACGACGACAAAGUCACAAUCAAAAUUAUCUCAGGGCAGAGCCAUGGCGUCGACUCCGUCAAGGACCUCGCAUAUACACCUGUGUGGAUUUUGGAUGUGAGGGUGAAGCCAGGUGGCAAGGUCACUCAACCCUUACCCGAGGGGUGGAAUGCAUUUGCGUACAUGCUUGAAGGUGGCGCUUGGUUUGGAGAGGAGACGUCAAAGAGCACGUAA